UGCAUCGGCCAAGUCACCCCAUUCGUCGCCCGCCAUGCUAAGUCCGGGGUGCUGCCAAUGGGCGCACCUUCCUUCAGACCCGCCGCGGAAGGCUCCGCGAAAAGUGCGGCUGACGGUGAAGGCCCCGGCGGCUUGUGUGGUCUUCGGUCUGGGGUGUCGCGGGUGUCGCUACCGGCGGCUCGUUGCGCGGCCGCGGCCGGCGCGGCUGCGGACACUGCGGACACCGCGGACGCUGCGCUGCGCGGUGUCCACGGCUCCAGCCCCGACACCCGCGGCACAGGCGGAGAAGGAGCCGUGGCUGCGCAGAUAUUUGGUGGAGGCCAAGGCUUCAGGGCUGCAGCGAAUGCAUGAGCUGUUCUUGGAUGCUGUCCAAGAGAAAGGCCUCAAGCUCUAUCCCAAGCAGUUUGAGGCCAUCGAGCAAGUUUUUGGCCACUGCCAUGUGGUGCUGAACACGCCCACUGGUAGCGGCAAGUCCUUGGUUGCCACUGCCAUGCUUUUCCGAGCUGCUUGCGAGCGCAAGCGAGCUUAUUACACAUGUCCUGUGAAAGCUUUGGUGAGCGAGAAAUUCUUCGCCCUGUGUAAAGACUUUGGGUCACAGUUGGUGGGGAUGGCGACAGGCGAUGUUUCCAUCAACUCUCAAGCUCCCGUCGUUUGCUGCACUGCCGAAGUUUUGGCCAAUGUUGCCCUCAGGGAGGGCGAAUCUGCCACGCUGAGCUAUGCUGUCAUGGACGAGUUCCAUUUCUACGCGGAUCGAGGGCGAGGCUAUGCAUGGGAAGUUCCGCUGUUCCGACUGCCUCAGGUGACAUUUCUGCUCAUGUCUGCGACAAUGGGAGAGAACCCUGAGCUCUAUGCCAAUGUGCGGGCCUAUACUGGUAGAGAGGUACACCUGGUGAAUUCCGAAGACCGCCCUGUGCCCUUGGACUGGUCUUACUCAUUCAAGAGCGUGAGGGACGCCAUUCUGGACUUGGUCUCCCAGAAGCGGUCGCCGGUGUAUGUCGUGAGCUUCACGCAGCAGGACGCGGCCACCUUGGCGCAGUCGCUGGUGGCCAAGGAGUUUGCGCCCACGGCCGAGGAGAAGCUGCGGAACGCCGAGGCCCUCAGAUCCACGAGCUUCGAUUCCCCCUACGGGGACUCCAUCCGGGCGCUGCUUUUGAAUGGCAUCGGCCUCCAUCAUGCCGGCCUGCUGCCCAAGUACCGGCUCCUGGUGGAGCAGAUGGCCCAGAACGGACUUCUGACCUGCAUUUGUGGCACCGACACCUUGGGGGUGGGGGUGAAUGUGCCAAUUCGAAGCGUCCUCUUCACCCAGCUCUGCAAGUAUAACGGCGAGAUCACGGCGCUACUCUCUGCCCGGGACUUCCAUCAGAUCGCAGGGCGCGCGGGGCGCAAAGGCUUCGACACCGAAGGCUCCGUGGUGGCGGUGCCGCCGCCCCACGAGGUCUACAACCUGCAGCUGGAGAAGGAGAUCCAGGCCGCGCCCAGCAAGAAGGAGAAAGAGCGCCUGAAGCGCCGACUGAGGUCUCCCAAAGGGAACUUCGUCCAGUGGAACCAGGAGACCUUCGAAGAGCUGAGCCAGGCGUCGCCGGAGGCUUUGAGGUCCCAAUUUCAGCUGAGCCAAGGCCACGUGCUGAGCUUGCUGCAGGGCGCGCAGGAGCACGACCGUGACGGGCGCCAGGAGCUGGACCAGUUGAUCGGCCUCUCGCUGUGCGGCAAGAAGCAGAAGGAGCACUGGACCUCGCAGGUAGAGCUCUACAUCAAGGCACUCUCCGCUGCUGGCCUCGUGGAACAUCAAAACGGGGACUUGAAAGUGGAGACGACCUUGCAGAGGGAUUUCUUACUCAUGGAGGAUGUCUCCCUUUUCCUGGUGGACCUCUUGCCACUGCUGCAAUGGACUUACUCCGCAGAGCCUCUGAAGUUGGCGAGAGCCGUGCUUUCCGUGGUGGAAGCCGUUUGUGAAGGGCCAAUUCCGGUGUUGCGCGCGCAGGCCCGCGUGAAGGGACGCAAGGAGCCUCGGCUUCCAUGCGAAGACCUGGUGAUGCCGGCCUACGAUGCCUUCCUUAAGAGGCACCCUUGGGUAGAUCGAGAUGCCUUGCAACCAAAAGCGAUCGCGCUGGAGAUGUACGAUGACCACUUGUCCUUCAACGACUUUCUGAAGCAACUGAGCCGCGUGGACAAGACGAAGCGGUCCACGCGGCAAGAAGGUCUUUUGCUGCGAUACCUGUCCCAGGUCCACAAGACCAUGAGGCAUAAUAUCCCGGAUGAGUUCAAGUCAGAAGAGGUGCUCGAGAUCGAGGCCUAUUUGUUGGCGGUGAUCAACAGCACGGACUCCAGCCUGCUCCGGGAGUGGGAGGCGCUCAAGGUGCUGGAAUCGAUGGACUUUGAGAGCAACCCGGAAGCAGCUUCGGCAUUGGCUGAGAGGAGUCUGGACGAUGCCUUGCCGCUGGCUGCAGAGACGGAACUGGACUUCCGCACUCUGCGGGCGCGGGCGCGGGUGGAAACUCUGCGCUUCGCACGAUACCUGGCCACAGGUCGUUGGCGGGAGGCGGCCAAGUGCCAGGCCGAGUCAGAAGACUGGAACGAGGAAACCAUCCGAGCCGCUGCGAUCGCUGGCGGUCGUCGGCCCAUAGCAAAAGCGGAGUUCAGCAUUGAAGUGGUGAUAGAAGACAUGGACAACGGCUUCCAAGUCUACUGCGAGAUACUGGACGAGUCAAAGGGGUCUUCCCUUUGGCUUGAAUUUGCAGCUCUUGUCCCUUGGACAUUGAACAGCUUCGAAGCGUUUCUGCAGCUGCAAUCCAUCGAUUAA